AUGGCUUCCCUGAAUACUUCUCAAGAAGCCCUUCGCGAUAACAUUCGAUUCUGCCAGCAGCAAAUGGAUACACACAACCUUAACGACCCAAGACAACAAGAAUGGGGAAACUCAAUGGGAGAAAUGAAAGACCAGCUGAUGGAUUCAUCAGGUCAAGGAAGCAGCGGGAGUGGAGAUUCUAGUCCAUCAUAUGGAAACCUGUCGUUGGGACACGGCGAUCGUGGGAGGAAACGAGAUAGAGACCAGGAUCCGGUCGAGCUUCAGUAUCUUGGCAUUCGUGAAGCGAAGUCACAGAAGACUACACCGAGUCCAAUCCCCAUGGCACUACCGGGGAUUAUGGAUACUGGAAAUGGGGGGAGCUCGUAUGGGUAUCUUCCGCGACUAAGGGAUCCUGGGUUAUCUCUAUCUCGGUCUGCGCCAAAUUUAGUCAACCUCAUUGACCGAGAGAAUGAGAUAGGGCGAAUUUCAAGCAAUAAUCUGCAGGAAUCCCAGCUGUUCAGGCAUAUGCAGCCGUCACAUGUUGUGUUACAACAAUCACAAUGGUCUCCUAAAGAUAUAGAUAAUGAAAGGUCUAGGAAUUCGAAGGCGGCCGACGAGGAAAUAGCCAGGACCCUCCAAGAUCUUUAUAAUCCCGAAUACUCUUCAAGUGAUUUCGGGGAACCCGGUCGUUCAGAACAGGUUGCGGAUUCUCCCUUUUCUUCGCCACUGAGACCUGCUAGAAGCCAGAUGUAUCCCUAUGUUCAGCCUUCAAAUUCUAUCGCCCCCCAAAAUCGGCAAAUUAUUGAAGUUGAUGAUGACGAAAAUGAUAACGAAAAUGGUUAUUACCCAAACGGGGACUUACGGCUACCGCCCAUGCGAACAAACGGAACAUAUGAACCACAAAGAAAUACUGAUAUAACCAGCUACCAGGCAGGUCGAUGGGGACUUUUUGACGAAGAUUUCGACGACUAUGAUUUAGAACCGAUUAUCAAUGAUCCAUCACUAGCAAUCGUGGACAGUCAGGGAAAUUUGCUUCAGGAUUUGGGUAAACAGUAUAUAAAUGAUGACUGGCUUAUACCUAAUUCUCAGUCUCGUUUCAAACCCGAAAUCCAUAGGUACAUCGACCACAUCCGCCACGAUCCCACCAAAAGUUUAGAUGAGAUCAAGACCCUGAUGGAAAAUAUCCGACCCGACAUGGAAAUACCCCCAGAGGACCGCGAGGGGACUCCUCCAGAGAUGACCUAUCCGCUUAUGGAGCAUCAAAAGCUUGGCUUGGCUUGGUUGAAGUCAAUGGAAGAAGGAAGUAAUAAGGGCGGAAUCUUGGCGGAUGACAUGGGCCUUGGGAAAACGAUACAGGCACUAGCACUCAUGGUUUCCAGAAAAUCUACCAACGAGGCUAGGAAAACUACGCUGAUCCUAACACCUGUUGCACUAUUGAAACAGUGGGAGAGAGAGAUUAAGGUAAAACUAAAGCCUGAAAAUAGCUUGAAAGUUUGUAUCCAUCAUGGCACUAGCAAAAAGGCCAAGUCUUUUGCAGACCUUGCAAAGUUUGAUGUUGUUCUAACCACCUUCGGAACCGUUGAGAGCAAGUGGUAUAGGGUCAUUAUUGAUGAAGCUCAAUGCAUUAAGAACAAAGACACUCAGUAUGCGAGGGGCUGCUGUUCCAUUGAUGCCGAAUAUCGACUUUGCUUGUCCGGAACUCCAAUGCAAAACAGUUGCGAUGAAUUAUUUUCACUCGUCAGGUUCCUCCAGAUCAAGCCGUAUAAUGAAUGGCCUGAAUUCUCAAAGAACUUCUCGAAACCGCUCAAGGGCAAAAACGAGUUCUCUAUCACUACAGCGAUCAGAAAGUUACAGGCACUGAUGAAGGCAAUAUUGCUUCGCCGGACAAAAUCGUCAAUGAUUGAUGGCAAACCUAUCCUCACACUGCCGGAAAAGACAAUCGAGAUGGUGCAUGCCGUUUUUAGCCCGGACGAACAAGCCUUCUACCAGUCUCUCCAGGAUAAAUCGGUUCUUGCAUUCAACAAAUAUCUUCGCGCUAAUACUGUGGGAAGAAAUUAUUCGAACAUCUUGGUGCUUCUUUUACGCUUGAGGCAGGCAUGUUGUCAUCCGCAUCUUAUAAGGGAUGCCGAGAUGACGAAUAAUGAGCCGGUUGAUGAUAGAAUGGGUCAGCUGGCAAGAGAAUUAGCGCCAGAUACCGUGGCUAGACUCAAGGAUUUUGACGCGUUUGAGUGCCCAAUUUGCCUUGAUGCCGACGAAAACCCCUCAAUAAUUAUACCUUGCGGUCAUGCGUUCUGUUCCGAGUGUCUUGCCAGACUCCACACUCAGCAUCUAGACUCGACCAUGCAACAGGGCGAUGAGGAUAAGGGGGGGUGCAGAUGUCCUAAAUGUCGGGGCGAGAUAAAUGUGGACAAAGUGAUUAACCUGGCUACCUUCCGUAAAGUUCACCAACCAGAAACCUUAAAACCUGACGAUAGAGAUCAUAAUCCGGAGGAUGAUGACCUGAUUUUUGAUACGGAUGAAGAUGAAGAGGGGGAUGAAGAGGAGGAGGAGGAUGAAGAUCUUGCCGAUUUUGUAGUUCCUGAUUCAGAAGAAGGAACUGAUGAUGGUCUUGAAACUUCUGAUCGUAAAAAGCCUGCUAAGAAGGCUCUGAAGAAAAAGGAUGCUAAAGGAAAGGGAAAGGCGAAGGUGAAAGCCCCGCCAAGAACUCUCGCGGAGGUUAGAAAGGAUGCCAUGAGAAAUGCUAAGAGCAAGAGGCAAUAUAUGAAGCAUCUCCAGAAGCGGUGGAUAAGCAGUGCUAAGAUUGACAAAUGUGUCGAAAUUCUCGAAAGCGUUGAACGAAAUGAUCCAACGGAGAAGACGAUCGUUUUCAGCCAGUUUACAUCAUUAUUGGAUCUUAUUGAAGUGCCGAUUAGUGCUAGAGGCUGGAAAUACAGGCGUUAUGAUGGCGGAAUGUCGAGCACACAUCGCAAUCAAGCUCUCUUGGACUUUACAGAUAAGCCAGAAGUCAACAUCAUCUUGGUCAGCCUCAAGGCGGGUAACUCCGGGCUGAAUUUGGUUGCUGCAUCUCAAGUUAUUAUUCUGGACCCGUUUUAUAAUCCCUUCAUCGAGAGUCAGGCUAUCGACCGUGCACAUCGGAUCGGUCAACAGCGCCAGGUUUUUGUCCACAGACUUGUUGUAGAGAAGACAGUCGAGGAUCGUGUUCUUGCGUUACAAGAUAAGAAAAGAAAAUUGAUUGAGGGCGCUCUUGAUGAAAAUGCUUCCAAGGGCAUUGGCAGGUUGAAUUCGAGAGAUUUGGGAUUCUUAUUUGGUAUUCCAAUUCAUGAUUAA